CGGGUGUGCAUGUUGAUCGACAUGUCAAAAUGUGCCAAAUAGCAUUUUAUGCAAAUAAUUCAAUAUUUUGACAAGAUAUGAUACUUAAAGACGGAAGUCAGUUUCCAAAACCUGUUCUUUAAAGAGUUUUGUACAUUAUAAAAAGUACUUAAAGUCACGCAACUGCUCGAAUAGGUUUGGUCAGGCAAGUACUGUUCUUACAAAUAUGCAGAACACAUUUGACACAAGUUUGUUUAUAGUUUUUGUAUGCAUCGCGUUUUGCUCCGGACUGUCGGUAAAAGACGACAUAGUUUCGUUUUUGCCUGGGCUUCCGCAUCAACCAACGUUCCAACAAUAUUCAGGCUACCUCAAUGCUCAAGGCACGAAGAAAUUUCAUUAUUGGUAAGUCUAAAAUCUAAAUAGUUUGUGAACAUUAAACAUUGGCUAAUAAUUAACCAUUGACAAUUAAAAUUCCCAAGUGAAUCUUGCUCGUGUUUGACUGCCACUCUCAUGAACUCUCAGUAAAAUAAUAAAGUAAAUGCCAAUUUAUAUGUCUACCAGCUUACAACCUGAGUUGCACUGUGUAAAUCAAGCACACAACUCCCUUACAAGUUCCAACAGUUGCUUGCAACCUGCUUUAUACAACUUGAGUUGUACUUUAUACAACUUGAGUUGUAAAUCCAGCAAGCACACAGCUUGCCUACAUUAUCGUAGGUGAGUUGUGUGCUUGAUUUACACAGUACAACUCAAGUUGUAAGCUGGUCGCAUGCAACAGUUUUAGGCAAAAGUUGUCAGUGUAGUGUAAAUCGGCCUUAUUAGAGGCAUAGGGAUCGAGUAUUGCAACUUUAACCCACAGAGUGGUGCCAGCACUCUCCCCUUCUUCACAAGUAAAAUAAAAUAGGGUGCAUCAAGGCACAUUGCUACUUAGGCAGUUAAUAAUACUUAACACAUUAAGACAUUCGUGUAUUAUAAAUAAACCACUGUAAGUUAUCAAAUAUCAAUAUGCUAUUUUAAAGGUUUGUUGAGUCCCAGGGUAAUCCCGAAAGUGAUCCUGUAGUUCUGUGGUUGAAUGGCGGACCUGGGUGUAGUUCAUUGGACGGCUUCCUGUCAGAACAUGGUCCCUUCUUGGUAUUGUCACCUGUCAUGAUUAUCAUUUGAUAAAUAUUGUGUGUUAAUUGUAUUUAAUAUUUUACAUGUAUACAGUUUAUUUUUAGACAAUAAAAUAAUGAAAUUUAUUUUUCAACAAAAACUAAAAUGAUUUAAUGUAAGAAGUCUAUUAUAGCAGGAUUCAUAUGCAGUACCCCAAUGUGUACCUAUUUUUAUAUCAGGUGAAUUCUGAUGGAAAGACAUUGCAUUAUAACCCAUACAGUUGGAACAAGGUGAUUUGCAUAGAUUGCUUGUACGAAUAUUUUAGAAAGAGGGUUUGAUACUAUGCCAUACAUACAUCAUGGGUGAAUUUAAUAAUAAUAAUAAUAAUUAUAUUUAUCCAGGAUACCCACAUCACGUGCGUGUUUUUCAGUGGGGUCCUGCAUCAAAAUUAUAAUUAUUUACAACAUGAAUUGUCAAUAUUUAAAUUGUACAAAAAUAUACAAAUAUAUACAUGCACCUCACAACGAUGAUAAAUAGACCAUUAAUUUAUAAUUCAUAAAAAAUUAAUUUACUGGGGGGGGGGUGUUAAACCUCCUAGAAUCUCCCUAACCCCUCUUAUAAAGUGUUCAACCCCACCAGAAUUUUGCUUCACCCUUCCUAUUUUGUGUGAAAGUCUUUAACCCUAACGCCUAACCCCUGCUGAAGCUCACACAGUGGUGCCACUUGCACCCCACUAGAAAUUUUUCCACUCCUUUUAAAAAAUUGAAAAUCUGCCCUUGUCAUUCAUAACUUCUCUAAUUUGGUCAAAUCCUCUUCAUAGCAGCUCAUUACUUUUUUUGUUUUUCUCCUAAUGAAAACAGGUUGCAAACAUGUUGUAUUUAGAAUCUCCAGCUGGAGUUGGAUAUUCAUAUUCUGAUGAUAAAAAUUAUACCACUAAUGACGAUAUUGUGAGUAUGUCCAAAAAACGAGUGACUAUACUAUGUAGAAUUAUCAAACAAUUUUUUUUUGUGCAAGUUCAUUCAUUCAAUCGACAUACUUUAAAUUAAAAUAUCAUCUGUGUUCUAUGGUAUAUAAGUUCUUAAAUCAGCCUAACUGCGCCAUUCACACACCUAAUAAAGAAGUAUCAUAAUGUGAUAUCCUCUGUUCACUGGAAUUAAACAAAAUUAUAGGUCUCAAUGGACAACUAUGUGGCUUUGCUGGAUUUCUUCAAGAAAUUUCCUCAGUUUGUAAAGAAUCCGUUUUUUGUCACUGGAGAAAGUUACGGUGGAGUCUACGUUCCUACUUUAUCUUAUCGAAUUUUACAGGGAAAUUCAACAAUAAAUAUGAAGGUUAAUUUUGUGUGUGUUCAGUUUCACCCGAUAUAUACUCUUCAUUUCACCAUUUCACGAGGUGUCAGUCUCAGAGCCAUGGUGGGUAGUGCAUGUAGUCUAGAGUGCUUCCAGUUAGACACCUCGGGUUUCCCCGGCUACUCUGGUUUUCUCAUGUACACACGUAAAACUAUCUCACAGCUUGUCCCGUUCGCACUGCUUGUUCCGAGUUGUUGACAAGUUGUUGUUGUUAUCAGAUUCUAACAAGGUUGAUGAGGCCAACAGAGUCGCAAAAGGUUGUUCCAACAAGUCUGAUAUCGUCUGCACGUAACAAGUUGUUAACAAAUUGAUUGCAACAAACUCGUAGCGACUUGUUGCGAGCAGCGGCUCAGCAGCAUCUAUUAUAGUCUUGUAACAAGUCCGCGUUACCGUCAUCAACCUUCCAACAACGUGAUAACAACUUAUUUCAGACUUGUCACAAAAACUGGACAGAACAGGCAGUACGAACACAAUGGACCUUUCCCCUUAUAACUAAAAUUUCGAUCUUGACAAAAAUCUCAUCACAGCUUGAAAGAGCGUCACAAAAUUAGUAAUAUUCCAAAGUUUUGUUGCAAAAUCUUGUAAAAUGCGGAUAAUAUAGCCUUGCGAAGUUUGCUGUUUUUCAGUCAUUUUGUAUUACAAACGGGAAAUUGACAUCCGAUUCGGGUGUUGGGGCUGCAAUUUCCCGUUUGUAAUGCAAAAUGACUGAAAAUUGGAAACUUCGCAAGGCUCUAUUUUCCUCAUUUUACAACAUUUCGCAACGAAACUUUGGAAUAUUACUAAUUUUGUGAUGCUCUUUCAAGCUGUGAUGAAAUAUUUGUCUAGACUUGCCUAGAUCAAAAUUUUGGUUAUAAGGGGAAAGGUCUAUUGGUAUUGGUUUGACAACAAUUUUGUUACAACUUGUUUACAGAUCUGUAUAACAAGCCAGGUGAUCUUGAUACGCGGAAAAGUACUGGCACUAGUUGUCAAAUAGAAAUCCAUUUUAUGAUUAAAACAACUGAAUAUCUCCUGUAAUAUACUUUAUUUUGAUUCCAUAUUUUUGUCAGAGCUAUAGUUCUCAUAACCAAACAUAAUUACAAAAUUUCAACUAGUUUCAUAAAGAAUAAUGAAAGAUAUAAUUGACUGAAUACAUCAAAAUGGAUUUCUAUUCGGACAACCCUUUCUGAACGCUGAUUGGCUAAAAUACGAACACGAGAUCACCUGGCCAACUUGCUCGUUUUCCGUGUGUAGUAACACUGCAUGGAGUAAUACAUUAUGGGCUUAUAGCUAGGGACUGAUUAAAUCGUUGAGUUGUUCAUGCCAAGUCAUGAAAUGUGACUGGUUGACUUUUGUAUUAAAAUUAUUUCAAAACGUCUGAAAAUAUCUGAAAAACUUGGCUAGUGCCUUAUCUGUUCCCAACACACAUUUCGGUGUUUCUAAUUCCUUAUGGGGCCAUUCACAAAGGAUGUGAGGGGGGUUUGGAAAGGGGGGAGGGGGGUUUGGAAAAUCAGGACAAACUCGGACAUAGGGGGGCAGGUUUAUUUUUAGCAAUCCGGAUGUCCGAAAUUAAAAAAAAUUCAAAAACAAAUUUCUUUUUCCCUCUAUUUUGAGCAGUCCUUCCCAUUGUGAAAUUGGCAUUUUGACUAUGCGGUUAACACUAGAUUUUGUUUUAAUUAGUAAUUUAUAUGUUUUUGUGUUCACAUUUACAGUUAUAAAAAAGUUCUAAAAGUAAAAAAAGUUUUUUACUCUUGAUAUAUACAAGGUUGCGUGAGUUUUUGUGAGGCAUGGCGGAUGUCCGGGGGGAGGGGAGGUCACUAAUUCGGACAAUGCCGGACAAGGGGGGGAGGGGGGGUCUGAAAAUCCAUCAUUUGGCCGGACAUCCUUUGUGAAUGGCCCCUAUAUAAUUCAUUCCUUCGUAUAUAUGUGAUAUAUAUAUACUCCUAGCUUUUUAUCAAAUCGCUAUUUAUUUUUCUAGGGCUUUGCUAUUGGUAACGGGUUGUUAAGUGUACAGCAAAACCAAAAUUCUCUUGUUUAUUUUGGUUAUUAUCAUGGACUUUUUGGUGACGAGUAAGUGCUUAUGCAUGCAACCAUUAUAUAGAUGUUGGUCAAACGGCGGUUGUCAGAGUGAAAAAAAAUAAUAAACAAUUAUUGCGUGGGUCUGAGCAUCAGAUAUUAAGAAUUCUUCAGACUGAGGUCAAUGUUAUCUUCCGAAGCUUAAUUAAUAAUUUUGUUUAUUAUUGAGAAAUUAUCUUUUAUUAAAUCUUUUAUAUUUUAGGUAUUGGGAUCCAUUACAGAAGUACUGUUGUACUGAUGGCAGUUGCAAUUUCUACAAUUCUACCAAUCAACAAUGUCGCGCUGUGGUAAAGCCAACAACAAUUUUCUGCAGUCUAAUUUCUCAGGGUUUUUUCCAAUUUCUAUCUCUUUUUUUCCAGGUAGUGUCGGCUUUGAGUAGUUUUUUAACGAUUGGAUUAAAUAUGUAUGGCCUGUAUCAGAACUGCAGUGGUCUCACAUCGCAUGACGUCAGACUUUUUUACGCAAUCCGUAACUUGUUCAAUAUGAUGUCGAAUCAGGUAGGCUCUGUAACCACUCACGUCGUGGCUACACGGCCCCAAUGGGGGCCCAAGCUCAGGCUAUAGCCUAUAGAGCAACAAUGCCGUUUUUUGACCAUCAGAAUUCUGUAAAAUCUCUCCCCAAAGUCCGGGAAAUGACAUUUUAGAGAGUCUAGAUUCAAAAAUUUUCCGGAUGAGCAUGCGCUGGAAAACUAGAAAACUCGUGCAUAUACGGUGCUCGACUUGUGCCUUUGGCACUUCUACUAGGGGGGCCUUCGAAAAGUUUGAACCGGGGCCCCCCUGAUAUAGCGUUACGCCACUGGUCAAGGUCAGGCUUUGGUCAGAUUUGGGUACACGACAUGUCAAGGUCAGGCUUUGGUCAGAUUUGGGUACACGACAUGUCAAGGUCAGGCUUUGGUUAUUGAUUGCAUGGCUGUCUGAGAAGUGUGCUUUUAGUUUGACAAUACUAUAUAGACUGGAACAGUAGGAAAAACAGUUCAGGACAGGUAGAGUUAUCCAGGUUAACUAAAGUUAGUUUAGUUUAGGUUUCCUACUGCAGUAACACUGGAUUAAUAAGCGAUGUUUCACAAAACCAGGGAGGACAUUUCAGAACUGAUUACAUAAGUAGUAUCUGGCAAGUUAGUUUGGUGAAGGGUUCCUCCUGUAGUAACCAGACUAAUAAGAGAUAUUUAUUGGACAUCUAUAGGUAUAAAUAAACUUAAGCUAGUUCAGUUAAGUUUGGUCAUGCACCAAAGUUGCUCCAAGCUUGACGUUUGGCUACUCUAGUAUCCAGGAAUUUUAUCAGUUUCGGAGCUGCUAUUUUCAGUAAGAUAAUGACUUUUCUUUUAGAAAGACAACAAUGUAUACUUGGGAAGACUUGGGCUAUCUCCGCCAUGUAUUAACUCGACAGCUGCAAACAAAUAUCUCAAUAUGCCCACAGUGAGAGAAGCUCUUCAUAUUCCGAGUGGUUUACCUAACUGGACUAUAUGCAGGUCCAUAUACCCUACUCAAGCAUGAUUAUUGUAUAAACAUUUAGUUGAAAAGUCGGUUGACUGUUGUUCAAACACUGAGUAGCUUGUAGAAGGGUUUUGUAGAUGGAAAUUUUGAGUGAAAAUUUUAUACAUUUAUUAGACCUAUAACCAGGAGCAGUUGAAAAAUGCAACCAUAUUUUUCAUGUUUCGCUCGUUACUCUGGUUUAAAUAUAUGAUUACAAAGUCCAGUCGAACUGUAAUCAAGACCCAACGUUUCGACACUCCAGUCUAGUGUCUUCAUCAGGGGUAUAUGAAUGUAGGGGUACAGGAAUCCAACCGUAUUAGACAAUAGGCUGUGGAUGGAGCAGAAUGAUUCGCCAUCAUUCUUUCCUAUCAUAGUCGGAAUGAUUGCAAAUCAAAAUUGAAAAAACGACAAGUGUUAUGUGAACAGUUGUUAUACAAGUGUCUGAAAUGAAUCAAAUGGUGUUGUUGUGGGAUUCCAGCGCUGAUACAUAGAUUCCAUUUUUACCGCAGUGAAUUUGUGAACAAGAAUUACAAGUAUAUUUACAAAACCCUCUCACCAAUCGUGUUGAAGUUAAUUCAAGUAUGUUAUUGUAUAAAUGUACAUUCAUUCUCACUUUAAUUCAAUUCGUAGUAAUUGUACUUGUUUUCCAAAUACCUACACCAGGGAACAGGGAUACUUUGGGGCUCGAAAUUAAGUCUAAAAUAUCACUUCUGCAUUCUUUCUGUUCUCAAACUACAGCACUAUCGAGGGAUGGUCUACAAUGGCGACACAGAUAUGGCUUGUAACUUUCUUGGAGAUCAAGAGUUUGUUGAGAGCCUGGGAUUAAAGGUAAGCCAUACCAUACCAUACCAUACCAUACCAUACCAUACCAUACCAUACCAUACCAUACCAUACCAUACCAUACCAUACUUACAGUAGUAUAGACGUCCGUGUUUCUGUAUUUUUUUGUUCUGAUUUUAUUUUAUGUUAUUCGUAGGUUUUAAAAGAACGCCGGUUUUGGAAAAUAGGUCCUCAGAUUGCAGGAUUUGUCAAAUACUUUGAAAAGCUCUAUUUUGUUACAAUUAAGGUAUAGAUGUUUUUGUUAUAGAUAUUAGCAGUAGCACGCAAGGAGAUUUUCUGUUUGACUCUACCAAACACCGCAGCCUGGUACUCCGGUUUCCUCCUGUAGUAACACUGGACCAAUAAGAGAUGAUCCUUACUGGGUCUCUAGGAAGAACAGUUUAGAACUGAUAUAGAGCUAUCCAGUAUGAAUGGAGUUAGUUUAGUUUAGUUUAGUUUAGUUUAGUUUAGUUUAGGUUUCCUUCUGUAGUAACACUGGAUCAAUAAGAGAUGGUCAUUACUGGACCUCUAGGAAGAACUGUUUAGAACUGGUAGAACUAUCUAGUAUAAAUAAAGUUAGUUUAGGUUUUGUCCUGAAUUAAUACUGGACCAAUAAAUAAAUUAUGACCCCUACUGGAGUUCUAUGAAGAACGAUUUAGAACUGAUAAAAUUGACUAUCCAAUAUAAAUAUCUGCUUGUCUUUCUUCUAUAUAGGGGGCAGGUCACAUGGUGCCAGAAGACAAACCAUCUCAAGCAUUCAAAAUGUUUACCAGCUUCUUGGCAAAUAAACCACUUCAAUAAUUUAACUACAGUUGUUAAUAGCAAUUAUAAUUUGCAAGUAAGGAAUUUUACAAUUUUGUAAUCAAUGAUGAAAAUUACUUAUAGUUGACUUUGCAAAAGUCUUAGCGUAUUGGAUUAUUUUAUAUGCUUGUCGAGAUUUAUUCAACAAAACAAUUUAAACAUGUUUCAUUUCCUGAGUUGAUAGAAACAUCAAAAGAAAAAGUGUGAAACGUAAAAGUGAUCAUCACUUCGUUACCGUCAUUUCUCGUCACCAGGCGUAACGCGGUUGGUGGCUUUGUGCGCCCAUAUGAGCGCCCUAGAUUUAGGAAUGCGUUUGAGAAAGUCGUUCUUCGCACGUGAUCUUUUGAACCUUUGGUAAAACGCUCGAAAUUCUGCGCUUCGCAAGUAGUAUAUUGCUGGAUCUAGGAUCGCAUUAAUCGGCAUGAGUGUUCCAGUGAAGGCCGCAUUCCUCUGAAACUCUAUAGUCAUCUUAUUAUCCCCGUAUAUGAAUGUAACAAUAGUAAACGGUAGACAGCAGGCCAGAAAUGUUCCACUGAUGAUGGCCAGAGUCCGGACUGACUUGAAAUCUUCUUUCAGGUUUUUCUCCAGCCCCGUUACGAUUCGAUUUUGUCGUUUAAUUUUUUCGGUUUGAAUUCUCCCCUCGCGAAACAGGUAGACGUCGAAGAGUAUAACACAAAGUGUAAUUGUUACAAUGUAAUAACGUCCAAUGUGAGCAUCAUGCCAUGGUAUCAGUAAUGGAUAGAUAGUGACAAUUAGGGCUAGAAACCAGUUCAGGAUUACGAGUAUUUUCGCCCGAAUCGGCGUCAUAUGGCGAGAGUAGCCAAACGAAUCCACUACCGAAACCAAGCGAUUAAAAGUGAGUAAAAAUAAACUUCCUAAAGAGGCUAACCAAACAACCCCCGUAUACCAAUAAAAUACGUCCCAAAUCCAAAUGUACAUAUGAACGAUGUAAAUCAAGAGCGACAACGCGGUGCCAAAGUCGGAGAACGCUUGGCUGAGAAUAAAUAUAUUUGCUGGAACAUCAACGUAAAAUCCCAACGAAAUUACGGCGUAAAUUACCACCCCAUUUCCAAAUAAACCGAAAAAACUUAAUAUUAUAUAAAUUCCAGUUAAAAGCGUUCGUUCAUUGGACGAGAGAAACGAUUCUACUGGUUUUGAAAAGUUUGAAAAAGUUGAAUUUUGACUGUCCAUUUCUUCUAUGAUCCCACUCAACAAUUAAACUAGUCAUUCGGAGCUACAUAUAGUCUUUUAGAAGCUUGUGAUAUAUUUUUUGAACAUGCCACCUGCGAACGAUUGAUAUUGAACAUAAAAUUGACUUCUCGUUUACAUAUGAAUGUUGAUUGUUAGUCAACCAGUAGUCGAGAACGCUUAAUAAUUGUGACAUCAAUCGAUCGCUAUCAAUUGUUUGCACUUCAAAUUUACAUCUUAAUUUUACUCAAGUUUAAAGUAAAUAUUGCUUCUUACGUGUCGGGAUAUAAAUAUAUUGAACCGCGUAUUAAAUAACUGUGGUCGCAGAUGUCUAAUGCAGGUCAGUCUUUUCCCUUCAUUUAGGAAUCGCGCUAUCUUGUGUAUCAUGUCUCGCAUAACAUAACUCAUAUCGUGAACAAUCGGCUUCAUCAAUUCAAACAGCAAUACUCUCUUCCAUAAUUUCAUUUUCUCACACUCUAUCUCUCACAUCCAUCCAUCCAACAUCUGUAUAUGUUCAUCCAAACCAUUUCAUUUUUGUUUCUAUUUUCCUGAGAAUGCAUUCUGAUCCAGCUUAGUCAUCAGCUAACCUUGUUUGAAAGAUGUUUUCGGAGUAAUUUUCCUUGUAACCAUCUUUUUGAGCGGCCUAUGCCGAAAAGACAGUUAACAAUACUUCCCUAAUUGCGUUAUUAUAUCGGUAAUUUUUAAAAUUCAACAUGAGCAAGUUGAAAUAAUUAUAGAUGGACUUUGAAAAUGUUUGAUUGUGUUUUUUUUUAAAAAGGCGAACACGCGUACUGUACGCUUUUGAUCGACCGAUUUUUUAUUUAGAUUCAUAUUAAUACGAGAGAUUAAAACGAGUACUCGAAGAAAGCCCGCGGUCACAUGACUGAGCCGAAAUUAUAGUCAGAAAACUACAUCAUCGCAGGAUCGAAAUCCGGUCACAUUGAUCGACUAUCGACUAUCGCUACAUUUAAUUACACUUGUGUCGGAUAGCUUUCUUCGGAAACCACUGCCAGCAGGGUAAUAGUAAUCACCUACGAAAUUAUACUAAAACAAUUAUUCGCCUUAGGCUCGGUGGUUAUUGUUAAAUGAAAACUUCGACUUUGUCUCUGUCCCUACUCACCGAUAAUCACCUAGCCUUCGGCGAAAAAUUGUUAACUAUUUCUGUUUUCUAUAUUUAUAUUGAUAUUUUGUAAAGGGCCCGCUGUAAUUGGUGUUAAGCUGUUGUGGUGUCCCAGCUUCUUUAAGGGACCGUUCAUUAUUUAUACCAGGGGUUGGUACCGAAGAGAUUUGGGUUGGGCAAUCAAGUUUUUGACUGGCUCAUGGGUUGGGUAAAAAGAUUUAUGGCUGUAAAAUAAAAUAGAAUAAGACCAAAAUUACCAUGCAUUGGAAAAUAUGAAGAAAAAUGUAUACAAUACAUUCUGUACCAAAAUAGACCAUCAGUGAUUGAGGAAGGAUUCUAUCAUUGAUUAGCAGGAACGUGAUUGCUUUGGCACACUCAGUGAGUUUGAGUGUGAGUGAGCUUUUAGAAUAUAGGCAACUUGAUUUCUGUCACCAUAAUCUUGUGUGUUUAAUUAUUAUGAAGUAUAGUAACACAUGGGUUGGGUAAACAUUAUUUUGACCAUUGUUGAGGUUGGGUAAAUAAAAAAUGUACACUGUUUUUCUCUUGUCUUCGGUACCAACCCCAGGUAUAAAUAAUGAACGGUCCCUAAUGCAAUUAUUGUAUAAUGUUUGGAAACGAAGCAGUGGAAGCACAAUAAUAGCUUUCCGUAUAACGACGUGAAAAACACGUAUCCGUACCUUUAUGGAACGUUAUUUUCACAGGAAUUAUUGCAACGGAGAGAUGUUGUUUCGCUCAGCUACCGAAAAUGGUACAGGCAGUACGUAUAGGAUAGGUGCUUUUUGGUGCCGCUACCCACCAUUCAUACACGACUAUUAGAGUGCACCAGAGCCGUAAAUACCGAGUUGCGAGUCCUGAGCAAGGAAGUGUGGUAACGAAUUCAAGAUGGCUGCCGCUCGAGGCUUGGAAAACGUAAAUCCCGAAGUUCAUCAAAAGAUUAAAGAACGAGUUUUACUCACAGAAGAAGAAGACGAUAAUGUCGUUGAUAAAAUUGAUCAGAGGGAGGUAUUUGGUAUCCUUUUGUAUGCUCAAGACUUACAGCGAUGUAGAAAGUUAGACACGAAGUUUGUUCAUUUGUUGUGUAUUUAAUACACUAUUAAUUUAUAGUUUAUACAGUAUUUACAGAUUGUUAAAUAUUAAUAUACAAUACGGCUAGACGAGAUAUUAAAAUAAUAAUAAUUUUAUAUCAUUAGUGGUCCUAAUUCCUACAAAAAUGCCAACACAUUUCAUCCUUAAUGUCAGGCUAAGAUCUUGUCCGUACGAUAAACGACCCUGAACAUCCAUUGACAUUGGAAGAGCUGAAUGUCGUUGAAGAAUCGCUGGUGACAGUCGAUGACGAUAACAGCACAAUACACAUCAACUUCACUCCUACGAUCCCACAUUGUAGCAUGGCUACGCUUAUAGGACUUGCUAUCCGAGUGAAGCUGUUGAGGUCCCUUCCAGAAAGAUUUAAAGUUGAUGUUGAAAUCACUCCUGGGAGUCAUGCAUCUGAGCAUGCUGGUAAUAUGUUACAUGAAGCAAUAGACAAUUAACAAAUAUAAAACAUUUUCCGUGUUGAUAUACAGUUAUAUCAACACGAGUGGAAUUGGGAAAACGAGAAAUUGUAUGGAAACACAACGCCCGAAGGGCGGAGUGUUUUCAUACAAUUUCGAGUUUUCCCAACUUCCACGAGUGUUGAUAUAACUAUAUAUCAAUACGGAAAAAAUGUUUUAUAUUUUUUUUAUAAUAUAGCAAUGUCAAAAGCCCGAAGGAUAAGAAAAAUUUCCGUGUUUACAAGCGGCGGAAAAUUUCCCGUGUUGACAUUGAGUUAUAUCAACACGGCUCUUAGCCAAUCAGCGUUCAGAAUUUACAAAUGCUAUAUUAUAAUUCCCAUUAUAGACUAAUUUUAAAACUAGGCAAGUAGAUGCAAAUAAAUCACCACAGCUAGAAAGAACAUACUAAAAUGAGUAAAAUUGCAAAGUUUGGUUGUAAAAAACGGAAAAUAUAGCCUGGCAAAGUUUGUAUAUUUUUGUAUUGCGUACAGAAAUUGCUACCAUUUUCGGCCCAAAUGUGGUAGCAAUUUCCGCACAUAAUACAAAAGUAUACAAAAUUUGCGAACUUUGCAAAGCUAUAUAUUUCCGCAUUUUACAACAUUUCGCAACCAAACUUUGCAAUAUUACUACUUUUAGUUUAUGCCCUUUCUGGGAAUAUACUUUUUUCCCAAGAUAAAAAAUUAGUCUAUAAUGGGAAUUGUCUAUUUUUGCUUGCAACUUGCAAUGCAACAUCUGGCACAGAGUUAUGUAAUAGUCGCGUUUUAGAAUUCAUUCAUUAUAGUAACCCCACUGGCGCACAAUGUUGUUCUAAUAUUGUUACAAUUAAACAAUUUUAGAACUACGUCGUGUAACAGAGUCUCACUGGAGUACGAACAGAGCUAGAGGUUGCACACAAACAGUAUAAAAUGUAUCUUCUAUGUUUGAAGUAUUGAGAGACAAAAAGUGACGAGUUCAGGAAGGCACAAUUUUCCGUUGAACUGCCUCCGAACUUUAAAAUAUGGACGGCAAUUUUUGCCGACGACGAUUUAUCAAAAUUUCGAGGACUGCAUAGACAGUCAAAUAAUUAAAAGUGAGCAUCAUUGACAUCUCGUAUGAUUUAUAUAUUUACAUUGUAAUCUCAACUUUGAGAUAUUGUUGAACUUAUUGAGAUUUAAUAAUUUAUGAGUACAACACAAAGGAAAGCAGUAUAUCCUUGUCCUGACACGUGAUUGCACAGUGAAACAUCCACAUGGCCAGAAAUCUUGGACAUGAUCAUUCUAUUUCCUUACUAAUUUGAACAUCGUCGAUCUGAUCGAGGCAGAACCAUUUAGUCAAAGAGCAAAUAAAUAUAACUAGGCCAUUCUACGAUGAAAUCUCUAAGUAUUCCCAGUCAAUUUUAGCAAAUAUUUAAACUAAAACUUUGUGUUAAUGCGGGUCACUGGGCAGAAUAAUAAGAACUUGAAAUGAACUUUCUCUUGUAACAAAUACCCAGCUAUUCAUGAACAUGGCAGCAAAGUUUUUAGAAGAAUCAAGCGAAUUAAGAAGACACUGCCCACAAAGCGAGUAGUGCUAUCUUUACUUUGUUUACUUCGACUGGAAAGUUUUCGUACGGAAAAAAGUUAAGCAUUGUUCUUUUUCUAUUUCAGUCAACAAACAAUUGGGUGAUAAAGAGAGGGUUGCCGCCGCGUUGGAAAAUUCUCAUCUCCUGAAAGUUGUUAACCAGUGUCUGUCUUCGUGAAUUACAAAAUACUCAAUUACACCCGGGUACAUGGAUGGUGGAGAGAUAUCUGCCAAGAGUGGACAGUAUUAUUAAAGGAACUGAAUGCGAUGAGCAAAACCGAGAGCAAAACUUUGCUAUUCGGAGACUUCAUUUUAAUGAAAGUGUGCUAGAGGGUGUUGAUGGGGUAUAUCGUGAGUCGUGAUUCGCUCAAUUUCGGUUACCGUGAAAAGACUAAAAAUUUAGCGUGAAUCGUGAGGAAAAAAGUACUGUUUAUCGUUUCAGAACACUUUUCAAAGAUUUACCGUUAAAAUACCAAAAUGUUACUUAUUGUUACCGUUAAAAUAUGAAAAUUUUUACCGUUUACUGAUUUUCAGACCCCCCCAUCUAGACCCUCGUACUAGUGUAGCCGUGUAGUUAGACAUGAAGUUGAUAUUAUAUUGCAUGAAUAGUAUUGAAACGUGAAACCUUGCCUCUGAUCACUGAAGAUGGCGGGCUUCCGAACUUUUAGAAGCUGAAAUUAAUAGCGUUAAUGCUCAACUGUAAAUAAACGGUUGUAAAUAUUUAUAUGACUAUGGAAUUGUAUGAUAUUCAUGUAUGUAUUGAAUCCGUGACUUUUGGAGUGUUAAAGUUUUUAGUUUGUUAUGAAUUUUAAGCUGCUAUUACUCUUCUCCCUUGAAGAAAAAUUGUUAGCAGCAUUACCUUACCAUUACCACC